AUGAACCUCUCAAAUACUGGCAGCAAUUUUACAACAGCUGUGUAUCGGGAUACUUUAAACACAGCUAUAAUCAAGAAUGGGAUUACUGUGGUUCUCUGCCUCUCCAUCAACUAUGUCAACAGUACCCUGGUGUACACAUUCACAAAACAUCAGGUUUUCAAUGUGAACCCUCGCUACAUCCUGUACAUCCACCUGGUGAUCAACGAUAUCAUCCUGCUGAGCCUGUUUACCCUCCUUCAGGUCCUGAGUUACAUUGUGUACACUCUUAACAUCUCUCUAUGUAUCGUUCUGGUAAUGAUUUCUACAAUUGCAAGUCUAAAUAAUCCCCUUACACUAGCAUUUAUGGCAGUAGAGUGUUAUAUCGCCAUAUGCUUCCCUCUCCGCCACACCCAGAUCUGUACAGUCAGGAAAACGUAUGUUGUGAUCGGCCUGAUUUGGGCAAUAAGUAUACUCUCGAUCACACCAGAUUUAUUUGUAGCCUUGGCAACAGAAUCCCUGGAAUUCUUUCGUUCCAGAGUUUUUUGUCUCAGAGACAAUGUUUUUAGAGACCCUAAUCUGACAGUGAAGAGAGAUGUUUCCAACUCAGUGUGUAUGGUCAUUGUUUGGCUCACUCUAUUCUAUACAUACUUCUGGAUCCUGUUCGCUGCAAAGGCAGCUGCCAAAGAUGCCAAGAAAGCGAGGAACACUGUCCUCCUCCACGGCUUCCAGCUGCUGCUGUGUAUGCUCACCUACGUUUAUCAUCUCAUAAUACAGGGUCUGACAUACUUGUUCCCAAACGAGGCUCUGGCCAUUCGCUUCACUGCCUCGAUAUUUAUUCAGGUACUGCCUCGACUCAUGAGUCCAGUUGUUUAUGGGCUACGAGACAAGACAUUCAGGAAUCAUCUGAAAAGAUAUCUCUUCUGUUCAACUAGUGCUACCACUCAUCCACAAACAACUCAAAAACAGGGCAUAAAGUCCAGUUUUUAG